AUGAAGGUCAGCGAGACGGAUGGCGAAAUGCUAAGCGUGUCAGUCGACAAGUUCAACGUCUGCAAGAUUAUCCGCUACGCUGGCCAACUUACGGAAAUUAAAGAGUUGCAGAAGAUCGGGAAUGGCGAGGACGUUUUCAUAAUCAAUCAAGGAAGCCUGUACAUCUCAUCGGGUGUCGGGAUUGGAGGCAAAUCCUACCCCCGGGGAAUCAGUGCCAGUGCGUCAGUGACCAUCUUUGACCAAACUGGCCAGUUUGAUGCACGAGUUGAUGACUCGGGAUUUACCGGUAAGGGCUCGAUUGACCGCUUCAAGCUUGGUGCGCUCGAAGUGUCUGCAGCCAGUGAUGUGACGAAGCCGGCGACAUUCGACAUUGCCAUGACCCAGGAUGAGCAGAAGAUCAAGGUCGAUGGGAUGAUCCAUUAUCAUGACAUCAAACUGUUGGCGUUGGUAGAUGCUGAUUUACAAAAGCUGCCACCAAUGUUCAAUGCCCACCUGCUUCUUGAAUUCACUGGGCAAUACAAGAUUGACUUCUUUUUCAACGCCAGCCUUGGCUCAGUCAAGAGCCUGUCUGAGGUGAACCUAGAUUUCUCGGCCUUGAUAGAGGGAGACUUGUUUGAUCUGAUCUGUGAUGGGGUGAACUCGUUCCUGGACAGAACGCAGAAACUUGUGGAUCAAGGUUUCGAUAGUGCUAAGCAGAAACUAGAAAACGAGCUGAGUGAAAAGAACAAGGAGCUCAAAUCGUUGCAGGAGGAUUUGGAAAGGCGCGACCAAGGGAUGAAGGAGCAUGAAAAGAAACGCCAACACGAUCUCGAGGAGGCAAAGAGAAAAGUGAAGGAGAACAAUGAUAAGCUCGCAGCCCUGGAGAAAGAUGUUAAGGACGCCAAAAAGAAUAAAGAAGACGCAGAGAAGAGGUACAGGAACGAAUUAAAAAAGCAGCAAGAAGAGCGCAACGAAAUAGUGGCAAGGAAACGCCGGGAAUAUGAGGAAAAGCUGAGGAAAUUGGAAAACGACGAACGGGAUUACCGAACCAAAAAGGAAAACCUCGAGGCAACACACAGGACGAACUACGGAGAGAAAGAGACUGCCCUUGCGUGGUUCAAACAACACAAAGAAGAUACAUGGAGUGAGUGA